UUCCCCCCACCCCCAUCCCCCUUCAGAAUAAGCAAGGCAUACUACACACUCAGCAUCUGAGGAGGAGAUCUAAAUUCAGCAAGAACAAACACGCGUUGGAAUUGUAUUUCUGAAUUUCUAAGCAGCCUGCUUUCCGCCCUGUGGGGGUUAGCAUGCAGGCAAGUUGAAAAGCUUGUUUUACUGCAAGGCGGCAGUGAAAGAGGUGGAAACUCCUACAUCUUACAGAGCCCAGGAAAUCUUUUCCUAAGGAAUCUCAGUUACACAUUCCCAGUUAAACAACUUUGGAAAAUCUGCAUUUAAAGUACUUCUCUACUUUUUGACUUCCAGUUGAACAUAAAGCAGCAAGUUCUGUAUCAGCUUCAUUAACAACUGGGAAAACAAGAACGUGGAAUUAAAUGCAAGGAUGACCUCAUCUGUUGCCUGUAAGACUAUAUUUAUUAUCGCCCAGGACUGGAUGUGUGACUAUUGUGGAAUUUGGAAGAAAAGAAUGAUCUCCUGCUGAUUCCCAGAGCAGUAUCUUCCUGCAACAUUCAUGUUUCAACGUGGAAGUUUUAAAGUAAAAUGGGAAACUUAUGAAAUCACUCACAGACCAAAUUCAUCUGCAAGCUACCCAGAGAUUUUAAAGCAGUUACGGCAGAAGGGCUGCUAACAACAAAAGGAAUUCAACAUUGCAAAUUUAAAUUGCCAUUAUAAUGGAAAGCUCUAAUUGCUCCACUGAGGACUCCUUUAAGUAUAUUUUAUAUGGAUGUACGUUUAGCAUGGUGUUUGUCCUUGGUCUAAUAUCAAAUUGCGUUGCUAUUUACAUUUUUACAUUCACAUUGAAAAUGCGAAAUGAAACAACAACUUACAUGCUUAAUUUAGCGAUAUCUGAUCUGCUUUUUGUAUUUACAUUACCCUUCAGGAUUUAUUACUUUACAAUAAGAAACUGGCCAUUUGGAGAUAUAUUUUGCAAGAUCUCUGUCACCUUGUUUCAUACAAACAUGUAUGGAAGCAUAUUCUUCUUGACUUGUAUAAGCGUAGAUCGCUUUUUAGCCAUAGUGCACCCAUUUUGGUCUAAAACUCUUAGAACCAAAAGAAAUGCAAAAAUCGUCUGUGUUGCAGUAUGGAUAACUGUACUAGCAGGAAGCAUGCCAGCAAGCUUUUUUCAGUCUACUAGCAUCCAAAAUAAAACUGGACAAAACCAAAACACAUGUUUUGAAAACUUUUCUAAGGAUACAUGGCAAACCUAUAUAUUAAGGAUUGUUAUCUUCAUUGAAAUUGUGGGAUUUUUUAUUCCACUGAUCUUAAAUGUGACCUGUUCUACGAUGGUUUUAAGGACUUUGAAUAAACCAGGUACAUUAAGUCGGAACAAGUUAAGCAAAAAAAAGGUACUCAAAAUGAUUUUUGUCCAUUUGGUGAUAUUCUGUUUCUGUUUUGUGCCAUAUAACGUUACCCUAAUACUUUAUUCUCUUAUGAGAACACAACCAUGGACUAAUUGUUCAUUAGUAACUGCUAUCAGGACUAUGUAUCCUAUCACUUUAUGCAUUGCAGUUUCAAAUUGUUGUUUUGACCCUAUAGUAUACUAUUUUACAUCAGACACUAUCCAAAACUCAAUAAAAAAGAACAGAUCAGCUAGAAGACGCGAUUCCAGAUUCUCUGAAAUUCAAAUUACUGAAAAUUUUAUUCAACACAGCCUCCAGACUUUAAAAGCUAAAAUAUUUGACAAUGAAUCUACAAUAUAAAUGGAGAGAAAAUACUGGGACUGAAAUGCACCUUUCUUCAGCUGUGAAAAUGUUUUCUUGUACACUGAAUAAACUUUCUUCACUUAAAAAACUGUUUAUAUAACGAUUAAAAAUAGGAAAAAGUUAAAUGUCACUUGUAAACAUACUUCAUAGAAAAAUGUAAUUAUUGCAAGAAUUACAAAUAUCUUUAUAGUUGUCAGUUUUCUCUUCUGCCUUUGUCACAGAUUCCAUGACCUGUUUGUCCCUGCUGUGUCUCCUUACAAUUUUGAACCACACAAAAACAGAUAUUUGGAAACCGAAGUUGAUACUAACAAGGCCCAAAAGUGUUUUACAAUUCAACUUCAACAUAUUAUGAAGUUAGAAGACUAGGUCUUCACAUUGUUUUGUUAACAGGUUAAAACACUUUAAAUAAAAAAUUAAAUUGUGAAGACAUUAUUUUAGGCUGCAACUAUUUUGUUUACAUGCGGAUUUCUUAAUAUCUGGAUUCUUCAAAGCAUUGAUCAAGUUAUAGCAACUCUGGUGUCAGUUCCACAGGUUCCACACCCACCAUCUUUUGUAGGAUUGGUUUACAAAAGUUAAGCUAUUCCUUUGUAAAAAUAAAUUUAUAGAUGGAUUAAAAAGUAUGUAAAGUUACUGAAACAAGAUUUGUCAGUUAUUUAGAUAAAAAUAUUGCUGACAAAACCAACUCAAAUCUGUUCCUAAGAAACUACAGCAAAUACGACUAAAACAAAGACUAAAAUAAGUGUUCUGUUUGGAUUGUGUAAUUUAACUUCAAAAGUGCUUCUUUGCUAUUGAAAAAAAAAUCGAGUAUUCCUCACAUGAACAAAGAUAUCCUAGGUGACAUAUUAAAUAUUAUUUUCCAAGAAAACAAGAAAUGGCAGUUAGCUGUUUAUUGUAAAGUACCCUCUCCUAGAUGUUCUGUAUGUCACAUAAGCACCAUAAUUUUGAUGUCUAGGUUUUUAAAUGUGAGCUUCUUAUACAUUUAGAGAUAAUAAAAAUAUUUAUUUAUUUGAGAUGCCUGAAAACUGCUGCAAUAAAUCCAGGAAUUUUUAAGAAUUAAGAGCUUAUCUGAAGCAAGAUGCAACUUUGUUUAAAAGUGCCAUGUGUUUCAUACAUUCUUCAGAAGCUGGAGUAUUGUGCAUAUCUUGCUCAGAAUUUGUUUACCUUUACUGUAAAUAAUAAAUAUUUAAAAAGUUAAAGAAGUGUCAAGUGGUGGUUUCUCCCAAAGAUGAUAAAGUCUGGAAUAAAAA